CGCAGGAUCAGGAUUAAUAAAUAAAUAAUAAAUAACGUAAUAAUGGAUGAUAAAUGGACAACAAAGGACAGAUUUUUUUUUUUUUCUAAACGUGUUUUUGACUUGACACGUUCAUCUGCCGUAGCCAUGGCCACGUCACAUGUGAUGUCAUCACGCCUCUUUCUCGCCGUGGAUGUUUUGGUCGUCCGCCGUAUGAGGUUUUGGGCCAUUCGGAGAGCACACAGUCAAUGCCAGCUGGGUUGCAGUACAGGAGCUGAAGAAGCUUGGACUCGGUACUGAAGUGGACUUGCAAGUCUACGAGGUUCCUGUAGAGUACCAAACAGUGCAGAGUUUAGUUCCAUCAUUAUGGAAGAAGUAUCAUCCGAUGCUGGUUGUUCAUGUAGGAGUAUCAGGCAUGGCCACCACUGUCACGUUAGAGAAGUGUGGCAGAAAUCAUGGCUACAAGGGCCUGGACAACAGCAGCUUCUGUCCUGAUUCACAGUGUUGCAUUGUGGGGGGCCCAGACUGUAUUGACUCCGUUAUUGACAUGGAAUCAGUCUGCAAGAGAGUGACUGCCUCUGGACUAGGAGUUGCUGUGUCUGUCUCUAAAGAUGCUGGAAGGUAUCUAUGUGACUUCACCUAUUACACAUCCCUGUACAUGAGCCAUGGUCGCUCGGCGUUCAUUCACGUGCCUCCUCUUGGGAAGCCAUAUAGUGGUGAAGACCUGGGCCGUGCGUUGCAGGCCAUUGUGCAGGAGAUGCUGGAACUUCUGGAUAACGCUAAGGAGAAAAUUCACUGCCAGCAGCACUUCCACUAAGUGACCUCUCGAUGCCAGCCAGCCUCUCCAGCCACGCAAGACAAAUUGCACUCAACCACAAGUAGCCAAGUUCUUUCUUUUUCCUAUCCUGUCAGAUGUAAUGAAAGCUUCAGUGUGUAGGGCACUCUCUGUUCUUGCUUAAAUUUCCUAUUUUGCCCCUCAAUAAUGGUGAAAUGAUAGAUUUUCCUGUUGCAACGAUAAAGAUGUGUGAAUUUUAGCUUUUACCUCCAAAGCACAGGAAGCUUUUUGAUUCACAAAAACUGUAGUUUUUGCAACGUGUAGCAGUCUCUACACAGCAUUAGUCCAAAUGUGGCUACUAAUAUUGCACCUUCUAGUUUUAGGGUUACUGAAAUGGUUACAGAAGGCACAUUUGCCAGCUUUACAUGGGUUGAAUUAGGAAAUGUUCAUUCUCAUGUUUCAGGAUUUUGCCUUCUACGUGUCUCAAGGUUCCAGGUUACUGAUGAUGUUUUGUUUGUUUUCAUUCUCAAUACACAUGCCACCACCAGUCAGCAGAUUAUCAUUGUGAAUGCUUAUGCUUACACAAUUAAAUAAGUAUGUUCAAGUAGAAAACCUUAGCAUAAAUCCUGCUCUCUAUCUUAAGUCUAUCUGUGCUAUUUCACAUUUAUGUUGAAUUGUUUCUGGACUUUUUCUUUAUAAGAAGUUGUGAAUUUGCCUUCUUUUAAAAAGGUCAUCUAAAAUUGGGAACGACUUGUUUCAAUCUCACAUUCCCCUAGUUUGUAGCCCAUUUCUGACCAGCAUCCAAUAAUUCAGCUCCCUGAGAUCUGAUCAAAGGUUGUGGAAUAUGAUAUUAACACAUCUCCUCUGGUUUUCUAGGUAUACAAGGCUGCAUAAUUAUUUGAGAACGUAAAUCAUUGUUUGCUGUAUAGCCAGUAAUAUUGUCGAGACUGUAGCUAGUGGCACAAUGUCGCUGUGACCGCCAAGACAUUUUUGUGGGAGAUUUGAGACAUGCAGCAUUUCACAACAAACAAAAAAACUGUAUUAUCCUGGCAGUGUUGGAUACUAUUACUGUAUUUCCCUGGCCCCAACUUAAAUCCAGUUCCCCUUCAGACAUCACCAAGAAACUAAAUAAAUUAAAUAACGGUUUCAAUUAAAUAACAGUUUUCCAAAUAAUGUGGAAUAAUGGUUUGCCCACACAUUUCAAUAAAAACACCAUCGCACAACAAAUUCAGCAACGCGAACAGGAAAGGUUUUCAUUCUAUCAAUGCACAAGUAAUUUGUGAUUCACAUUUUUUGGAAGGAUGCAUCAUUCAUUCAUUCUAGAGAAUAGCUCUGUGGAUGUCCGCCUGGAGCAUGAGGAGCUGUUGAAGGUGGUUGGCUGCAAUGAUGUGUCCCCAAUAAUGUUUGCAAUCUGGUUAUCCAUAUGACUUGCUUGUCUUCCUGCAGUUAACUCAAGAUCUUGUCUCUGCUCCAUUAUGUUUUUGGGGGCAAUGAGUAAUGGUUACAUUCUUCCAUGUGAUUUUUUUUUAUAUAUACUUUUGUAGGCUGCAUUAAUUGUCCCAAACAGUGUUUUUUGAUUUGGUUCCAGUUUUCAGACAAAUACUAUAUACAUCAUUGUCGGUCAGGGAGAUAUUCCUUUUCUCCGCCAUUUUUUGCCAUGAUUUUGGAGAGGGAAGUAGGAGCACAUUCUUAAAGGGAUUACGGCGACCAUAUAUGGUCAGUUGGAGGGAUUUUUUUUUCAAUGCAAAUGAGGCCAAAUGUGAGUGAGCAUGGCAGUUUAGAACAGGUGGAACUGGUGUGUGUACAACAGGUGUCAGCACACUUGAUAAAUACAGAUUUUUUGUAUUGAGAUAAAUCCUAAUCUAAAUUCCAGUUCGACAACCAAAUUUUCAAAGUUUUAUGUUCAUUAUUGAGAUAAAUGAGGCCGCUGGUGAGAAUGUGUGAUUCAGAAACUGAAUGGAUGAAUGCAGUUUGUAGAUUUUUCUUUUUUGCAGCAUCAGUUUUUCUGAAAAGGUGUGGAUUAUAUUCUGUGAUGUAAACAAAAGUGGAACAAUUAACACUGUAACAUUGAUGACUGGAAAGUGAAUUAACACCUCUUUUAUGAAAUGUACAACAAAGGAUUAUAGACUGCAUUUUCUUCUUCUUUCAUUGUUCCCUAUGCAAAAACAGAUUGCAGUACCAUUUUUGCCUAUAAGCACAAUGUUUUCCCUUCCUCAAAUUGUAAAGCCCGAAAAUAUUUUCCUUGUUUAAAGCUUUCCAAGGUCAUUAAUAUUUGCUCAAGUUAUACUGUAUAAGAAUCUGUGAACCUGUGUCAAGUCAGAUUUGGGCCGGAAAUUCUGAUUUCUGUAGCACUUUGUUUUUCCACUUUUUUUGGCCAUAAACUGUUUUUACUAUCUCAAGAAAAUAGUUUUUCCACUUGUAGUUAAUUACUAUUACAAUACAGUACAGUGCUCAACAGCCAGGAGUACAUUUGCGAGAAAACCUUCGGCCAUUGAUUGCAGAUGAGAUUUGGCGAUGAUAUACACACAAAAGAAUGUACAUUUUGUAAGAUUCAUUUAUUGUUGCAAAGUUGCAAUAAAACACACCGAUUAAUGUCCAGGAUAAAAAAUGGAAAUUCCCAAGAAUCUUACCACAGGUUUGUGUAAUCAUUGUCAAAAUUCAGAAAAUUGCAUUUAUUUACUGAGAAAUAGAUAUAAUGCUUACUUUUCAAAGGUAGUGUACUCAGUUAUGUUGAGCACUGUAUGUACAGUUGCAGACAAACACACACUGUUUAAUGUUUUUUCCAUUAUUGUUAUAUUGUUUAUUUUGCUCAGUAAUAUUAACAAAUAUGUAGCAAAUACCCUUAGUCUGUGUUGGUGCCACUUCCAGAUGUAAAUGUGAUCUUAUAUGGCAAUGUCUUUUUUCAAGUUGUCUCCAGUUUGGUCAUGUACAACUGCAGCCUUUCCCUGACAAUAGUGGCUCGUCAGCAUGACAUCAAAAUGUGAUUUUUGGUCUGUUUUGUUUUAAAUAGCGUCCAAGCUGUGCAUAGUUUCUGCAGCCCGAGUGCCCCAAUGAAUAUAUGUUUGUGGAAGAGCUGGAGUAAAUUGUCUUGGCUAGAAAACUAACUCAACACUGUUUUGUGUUGCAGCAUGACAUAGUAGUCUCAUAGCUUUCAGUUUAAAUAUAUUUUAAAAUGGGUAAUAGUAGUCUAGUUGAUUUUUUUUGUUUCCUUGGCAUAAAGUAGCAACCAGUUAACUGAAAUAGAGCUUGUACAAUGCUUAACAUAUCGAUUAAACCACCAUCCAGUGUAUGGUUUAUGGCACAACUGCCCUGAAUAAGCAGCACUGGUGAUUACCCAAAUAUUUUUUUUCGUUUUGUUUCUGUAAACCAGUAUAUAGAAGUUAUUCAAACCAAUGUUAUAUUUUUAAAUGCUAGAAUACAGUCCCGAUGAUGAAAAAAAUACAGUGCAAUAUGAGAUGCAAAGGAAUACUUAUUCCUGAACAGAAACAAACAAACAAACAAAAACAGUUUGCCAGCCAGCCCAAAUUUUGGGAUAAAAGGGGAAAUUAAUUUUCAGUUUCACUUGAUUUCAAAUUCAUCAUUGACCUUUGAAACUGAAAAAUGUUAAAAGCUCAUUGAACGAGUCUACAUUGAAGUAUUCCAUGAUUGUGGAUGGUGUGUUUUCAUUUUUCUGAUGGGUGGUCUAAUAUAUUUGUCAAGCACUGUACAUUUAACCUUUGUUGUCGUAUUUUAAGUUGGCAGAAUUGGUGGGUGCUAAUGUUUAAUGGGGUGUGGCAUUGUGAGUGCAACUAUAUGAAUGCGGUGUGCUGUAUCGAAAUAGCUGCUCACAAAUGUAUAGCUAGUUUGUUUCAAGUGACUUUUACCCACCUUAACUCCUGUGCCUUGCUGUUAUUUAUUUUUGUUUGGAAAAGGCCUGAUAUGUUGGAUGGCCGGUCAGUUCAAAGAUAUAUUUGGAUAUAUUCCAGGCAAAUGUGUGGCUACCUCAAAUCUAUUUUUUAAUCUCAAUGUGGGCUCAACAUUAUAACUGUGAGUUAAUGUAAGUACGUACGAUACCUCUGUUUGGGAACAUGGCAUGUGAGGCUUGUUCCCUGCUUCUGACAUUAUCAAGGCACUGUUACAAUAAGUAAGAUUGGCUUUAUAACAGGAAAGGCUUUUAAAUAAAGAUAAUUUGGAUGUUAAAAAUG